GCCUUUGGAGGGAGAGUGCGCGAUACCGCUCCCUCAGUUCCUACCAGUUGCAUCAUCACGCCUCGUCGUGGGAAGGGCACAGCCUUGUUUCAGAAAUUAUUAUACAGUAUAGUGAACUAGACUUGAACACACCCAUCACCUGAGACACCUAUAUAAGACUAUAACUUUGCUAAACUGUUCAAAACGCCGUCUACUAUAGAAAAUAACACAUAACAAAAGGUGCUUAUUAAACCCAUGACAAUUAAAUCACCUUAACGAACGACAGAAAAAAAUAAUAAAAGUGGUAUUUGAAACGACAAAAAAAGUUGGAGGAAUAUUAACACAAUAAGACUGAACGUGACCACUGCCUCUCACAUCAACACAGCCACUGCGAGCCACUGUGUUGAAUGGCUAUCAUCGCUCCCUAUCAUCCCCGCAGUAGGUUAUAGACCCGAGUGAUAACACAUUCAGAGCUAUAAUUACCUUCAUGGUUAUAGAGAAGUAAAUAUUAUCUCUGGUGUUAACGUCAGUGAUUAUAGUAAUAGUCGUAGUAGUCCUUUGUGUAUUAAAAUCAAAUUAUAUCCAGCACCGUAAUAAACCUUUGUGAUUAAAAACAAAUAAGCUUUUAACAACUAUAAACUACACGAUACCAGUGAUACAGUGAAGUGAGUUACAUUUCCUAGUUUGUAUACCGUUUGCUACUUAAGCUUAUUACCUUCAAUUACUUUCUUGUUCUAUUCGCGGUAAAAAAAAAACAUUGUGAUGACGUCCUUACUCCUGUAUACAUAGUGAUUUGAACUUACUUAAAACCACCGCUGUCAACUGUGGACUGGGGAUUGCCUUAAAGCCUCCACUGUGAACUGGGGAUUACUUUGAAGCCUCCCUUGUGAACUGGGGAUUACUUUAAAGCCUCCCCUGUGAACUGAGGAUUACUUUGAAGCCUCCCUUGUGAACUGGGGAUCAAUCUGAAGCCUCUCUUGUGGAAUGAGGAUUACUCUAAAGCUUCCCUUGUUAUCUAAGGAUUAACUGAAGCCUUCCUUGUGGUUUGAGGUUUAUCUGAAGCCUCCCUUGUAAGCUGGGGAUUACAAGGAUCUUGAAACCCGAGGCGUGACCCAGGUUGACCUCAAGAGAAGAAGGGACGAUGCUGCUGCUGGCGGUAAUGAGUGCCUUGGUGAUAAUGACCAACGCCCUGGAAAUAAAGAGGUAAACCCGAGUCGCCAAGUAACUGCACAGUGGGAGGCAGAAGUCGCACCUCCGUGAGGGUGAGAUGUGUGGCGGGCGGCAGUGGCGGUCUCCCCCAGUACUUUCUCCUGCAGGCUAUAUUCAAGGGCUCAGCCAGGCAUCACCUCCUCAACUUCACCGCCUCCUCCACCCCGGACUUCCACGUGGAGGGGCUGCAGGUGGAUGGAAAGUACCAGCUGGUGAUCAGGGCAGUGAACGAAAAGGGGUCUAGCGGUGCUACACACCUCAUUGUCAGUAGCAUCGGCACCAACGGCUCCAUAUACCAGCUGCACGAUGGCCCCCUGGAAGCCGAAGUCCGAGAUGGUGGACAAACGAACGUCGUCAACGAAGGAACUGCAAACGACUUCGACGUCUCCUCUUUCGACGCCCUGGUCCUCCCAUCCUUCAUCGUGGGAGUUCUGGGUGUAGGGUCUGGCCUGGUACUCAUAGUAAUUCUGCUGCUACUGUUUAUAACCUUCCGUAGGAGAAGAAGGACCCCGAGGGCACAUCCCUUGUCCGAGUCCUUACAACAGACAGAGGUAGAAACUGUCGAACACCAUCACUCCCGGGGUGCGAGUAAAUCUCCGAAGUGUAGCCACGAGUCACCAGUGUUGAUGACGCCAGAGCACGAUGUUAUCUGUUUGGAGAGGGACAUGCAGCAGGCGGAGUCUGAGAGCGACGCUGACCCUGACGUGAUCCCGCUACAGGAGGCGUCGUACAGGGGGUAUGAAGUGCCGCCAGCUGCCACCCUUCUGCCCUCUGAUCGCUACAAAUACGCCCCCGUCCCUGCCCACCUACCUAACAUUCCGUGUCCUUCCCAGUACAGCAGCAUGUUAGGAGUGACCCAGGCAGCGCCGCCCUUGACGACUGGCCAACCGGGCGGGAGAGACCUACCUGAUCCCUCCUGCCUCGGACCCCACCACCACCACCAUCACUACACCUACCUCCACCAGCAAGCAAGAUCCUCUACUCUACCUAGGAGGACUAACGUUAACCCCAACAGUGCUUCUUUGUGCUCAUACACCCCCACUUUGAGCCCUCACCAGUUCCCCUGCUCUGAGGGUGAGGGCAGUUUUCCGCCUCCUCCUCCAGAGUACCUGGAUUGUGAGCGGAAGAGGGUGACCUUCUCCAGACAUGCGAGUUACGAGGAAGACACCCCCAGCACUCCGCUACUGAAGAAAGGAGAAAGUUCUGUAUGAUGCUGAGAUAUAAGUGUUUUUUACGAUGUUUUACACCAAAGAAUGACUCAUUGUUCUGUUCUGUUCGUUAUGUAAGUGACAGUGACACGAGUUAUUACAUGAAAAAAAUACGAAUAAAAUAUGGCACAGAUGACAUAAAUAACCAAAACAUGACCAUGUUUCAAAAUUAUUCUCUGUCUUAAUAUUAAAAUAUUAACUAAAUAUUAAUUUUUCUACGUUUAUUUGGUCAGGGAAGAUCAUGUGUUGUGUUUUCUAUGGGAGAAGUGAUGUUGUCGUGUGAUUUACCUCUAUACUUUAUAUUAUUAUAAGUGAGAACGGUGAUGAAUGUUUGUAGAACACCGCCGAAAAAUGACAGUGGCAAUCUUGUAAAAAAAAGGAAUUUAUAUAAUUUACCAUUUUGGGGAAUUCUUAGUAUUGUGUAAUGACCACAGUGUCAGCAACCAAACCCAUUGUGCCUUUAACAUAUAAUUUAUGAUAUACGCUUAUAUACCUUCCUUCUUGAAUGUGUAGGAAUUAAAAUUUUAACACCCUAUUUCCUAAGGUUCUAUGAGUAAGCUUCUAAAACGCCCCAUAUCCUAGUGUUAUAGGAUGGGCUAGACGUAAAUACGUAUUCUAGGGUUAAUUUGGGGAGUUUUAUUCUUUUAGACUCUAAAGCAUCACGGUUUCUCGGCAGUUUCUCUAAAAGUUAUCCUGUGUGUCAGGUCCUGUAAAUUGUACGCUGAACCUUCAAAUUUUGUCAACUCAGGAUUUUUUAUUACCAUCGUCAAAGACUUUCAAAAUACAAUAUAUAUAUAUAUAUAUAUAUAUAUAUAUAUAUAUAUAUAUAUAUAUAUAUAUAUAUAUAUAUAUAUAUAUAUAUAUAUAUAUAUAUAUAUAUAAUAUUUUUUUCCUCAUCCUAAACAUAAUAUGUUUUGGGGUACGUGGAAUAUCUCAUUAUAUACAAACUAUUGCAUUAACAACUGUAUUGUCAAAAUAGAAUCGUUACAUACGGUAUACUGUACAGUACUACGAUAUCCAGUUUUAUUUAAUGUUAUCAUAAAGGUGAAAGUGUGGUGUGUUGGCUUGAUAAGGAAGCAUUUGUAUGUCAAUUUUUCGCAAGUGUACAUAUCUUUAAUUAAUUCAAGUCAACCGUAAUAAAUUAUAAACUAAGUAAAUAUCUUCCAAUACACAAAGAGUAAGAUACACAGGACCUAAUAUCAGAACUGAAUGGGGAUAUUUUGUGAAGUAUGCAUAAUUAUUUAACUCACUAGCGUUUCAAAACAACCAGGAAAAUUUACCUUUUAUACGUUUUCAUAUAACAUCAUCCAUGUAUCAAGCUGAAGGUAAUAAAACUAUCAAAAUGAAA